AUGGAGAAUCAAACCACUGUUCCUUACUUUCUGCUGCUGGAAUUCUCACAAAAUCGGCAUCUACAGCUUCUAUAUUUCUUCUUAUUCUUCAUAUUAUAUCUAGCAACAGCAACAACAAAUCUUCUCAUCAUUUUUAUAGUAGUUUUUGACCAUUGCCUACACAAUCCCAUGUAUUUCUUUGUAAUGAAUUUGGCUGUGCAAGACUUGGGCAUUGUUUCAGUCAUUGUCCCUAAAUCCAUGAUAAAUUCUCUCAUUGACAGAAGACAUAUUUCUUAUUUUGGUUGUGUUGCUCAAUUUUUUCUCUUUAUCACCUUUGAAGCUUCUGAUUUCUUUCUCCUGGCAGUUAUGGCAUAUGAUCGGUAUGUUGCCAUUUGCCGCCCACUGCACUAUGACAUGGUGAUGAAUUGGAAAGCCUGCACCAAAAUAGUGCUUUUGGUGGGGGUUUCCAGUGUACUCUAUGGAAUGUUGCACACCAUUGGAACCUUUUCCAUCCCUUUCUGUUCUAAUGUUGUCAACCAGUUUUUCUGUGAAAUUCCACACUUGCUAAACCUGUCUUGCUCUGGAUUCAAUCUAGUUGAGGAUGUAGUUCUUGUGGCCAGUUUCACUGGAGCAUUAGGUUGUUUUAUUUUGAUCAUUGUUUCUUAUGUCAUGAUCUUCAAGGCAGUGUUGAGAAUCCCUUCUGUGAAAGGAAGGCAGAAGACCUUUUCCACUUGUCUUCCCCACCUUAUAAUACUUUCUAUACUUGUGGUAACUUCAUGCCUGGCCUACCUGAGACCCCCCUCCAAUAUCCCAUCUUACUUAGACUUAGUAUUCACUGUCCUAUAUUCCUUACUUCCACCCCUGUUCAAUCCAAUCAUCUAUAGCAUUAGAAAUAAGAAUAUCAAACUUGUUCUGUCUAAACUAUGGAAAUUCUGA